AACUAGCAUUAUCGACAGACGAGGGGGGAGUACACGUUAACAUAAUUGCCCGGUGAUUAAUCGAUCAUUACUCACAACAUAUGUUUUUUAUCGCUGAGCUAUGCAAAUGAGAAGUCGUCUUAGUAUCUGCUCACUGAAACCGAUGAGUUAGUGGUGUAAGUUCCUUCGCCAACAUGAGACCUCUGCUCGAACUGUGGAUUAUUUCGUUGGUUUGUCUUCCGAUCUUUGGUGGUGAGCCCGGUGUCCAUCCGCUCCUCGUUGAGAAUCCCUCACAGAACCUUAUCCGUUCGAAGCGAAUGGCAGGUGGUACGGAAGUGGAAAGUGCAGAAGAUGUCCCGUAUCAAGCGUCGAUACGCUUACUUGAUCCCGAUCGGCACCUAGCGAGUGGAGCGAUCCUUAACUUUCGCUUCGUCGUGACGCAGGCAUCGUUUAUAGUGAAACUGUAUCGAGUGUAUCCGGGACAAGAGCUACCGGCCCUUGCGAGGGUACGCCUUGGCCAGGUGGAACUGCAAUCAAGUGUCAACGAUCAGUUCCAGGAGAUCGGCUCGUACGUGAUUCAUCCGAACUUUAGCUUCAUCGAGGCACGUCACGAUGUGGCGCUGCUGAAGACGGUCGGUGUGAUCAGCUUUAACCAGCGCGUACAACCGAUCGUCCUGCGCAAGGGCCCGAUUCAGGACAACACAUACGUGCAGUACACGGACUGGGGUGCGGAUACGGUACAUAGAUGUUUAUUGCUGCAUUCGUAUAUUGAGCCACUUGGCCACUAAUCUUUGUUGUACUACCACUCAUAUGGCAGGAGUAUGCAAUGCCUGAAAACUACAAACCUAGGCUACAGCGGAUUAACGCGAUCGCGAUAUCGAAUGGCCGAUGUAGCGAACUGCUUCAAACGCUCAGUCUCGGCAACAUUAUCUCGGAAUCGCGUGUCUGCAUCUACACCAACGGUGAAGGAAGUGUGUGCACGGGAAACGCCGGUGGCCCACUAGUGAUGUUCGAAAACGGUCAGCCACAGCUGGUUGCUGUGAUGAACUUUGCGUACCUCGCCUGCAACUCAUCCUACCCCGGUGGUUUCGAGCGUUUGUGGAACCACAAUCGCUGGAUCGUCGAGUCGGCCUCGAUAGAUUUCAAGUACGCCAACUUUGAGAAAAUGUGUCGCCUGACGCGCAACGUUGCCGCACAGAUGCUGGCCAAUCA